AUGGUUUUAUGGGCAGUAUUUAAUUUAGUCAAAAAUAUUUUUCGGAUCGUAUUACAAGUAAUAAUUCCAAGACCUGUAAUUACUGAUUCAGCUGCAACUCGCUUAAGAGAUUCACGUUUAACUGCACGAGUCAUACGUGAAUUUGAAACCAAUUAUGGUAAUGUACAUCCUGAUUUCUUUCAAGGAAGUUUUUCGCAGGCGUUUGAUCAAGCAAAAAAUGAUGUUCAUUUCUUGAUGGUAAUACUUGAAGCUGAUGAACAUGACAGCACUGAUAAAUUCAAUCGCGAGACAUUGACAUCUGAACUAUUGGCAGUAUUUUUACAGGAAAAUCAAAUAUUGGUAUGGAUUGGUAAUGUAAAAGAUCCUGAGGCAUUUCAAGCAAGUAUUACAUUACAGGCAACAGCAUAUCCAUUUAUAGCGUUCAUUGUACUACAGUCAUCAAAUGAUAAUCCAGGAUCAAGUCAAAAAAUGACAGUGGUUGAUCAUAUUGAAGGAUUUAUAACACCAGAGGAUAUUGCAGCACGAUUAACAAAUCAAAUAAAUCACCAUGAAAUGAGUAUGCAAAGAAUGCGUAAUAAACAAGUAGAACGUGAAUCUGCACGUCAAAUACAUGAUCAACAAGAUAUGGCUUAUCAGGCUUCAUUAUUAGCUGAUCAAGAGAAAGAACAUAAAGCUCAUGAACCAUCCGAAGCUGAUAAAAAUGUAGCAAGAUUAAGUUUUAGACUUGCCAAUGGUGAAAGAAUCAUCAGACGAUUUAAACCAGAUGAUACUGUUGAGAUGAUGUAUACAUUUGUUGAUACAUGUUUUCUUCUUGAAUAUCAUGUAGAUAAAUAUAAAACUAUAAAAAAUGAAAAGGGUCUUUGGCCAAGUGCUAAUCUUAUUGUAGAAUCACUUGCUAGUGGUUAUGGUAAUAAUAAUGCCAAUGAUGAUUAG